AUGAAAGCCGCGUACCUUAUCUCCACGACGUUCGCAAACCACGUUCAACACCAUGCGCACUGCACACAGCCCGAACAAACCCUUCUACUAGGGGGAUUCGAACUCGAGACCUUCAAAAACAAAAGCACCGGGGUCAAUUACCUAGCGUUGAGGUCGGGAGUGGGCAGUCCCAACUAUUGCGCCAAGGCAUCUCCUCAUCCGAUGUUGACUGUAUGGCCCCUUCCCAACAAUUCAUCGGUUCUUUCUCACUGCACAUCUGGACAAUUCCACGCCUCGACAGGGAAUGUUAUGCUGAAGUCUCACAGUUUAGGUGAAUGUGACGCCGAUAGUGCUCAUCCUGAUACCUCUGCGAUAGUGAGUACCUACAAGACGAUUAUCUGCAGCGCAUCAAUCGCUCACGAGGGCUAUCUUUGUGUCCUGAAGUACAAAGAGAUGGUUGAGUUGGAGUCUCUGAGCGAGCCCUAUAUCUUCUCUCUGAUCACUGAGCAAUCUGCAUCUUUCUCUUUCUUUCCCCUUCAAAUCAAGAGACUCAUAUACCGCAGUCAGCCAACCGAGCCUGUAGCAGCGCGAUUCUCAUGUAUUUCCACGUCCCACACCGCUGCUGCCUAA